CUUUCGUUUGCGCAUGCGUGAGAGCUCCCUCCCUCAAAGGAUUCUACUGUUGACGUGACAACAGGUGCUUACACAAAAGUCCAAAUUGAAAUGCGACUUUCUGACGGCUAAAGUUUCCUCACAAAGACCUUUCUUAAAACCCGUCACGUUACAGUAACUGUUGUUUCGCUCCGGUGGAUUCAGGUGAGCUAUCUUCCGGUUCAAAUGCUGUCGACCUGCAACGGUGUCGCGGCAGCACCGGCUCGAGGAGGUGCGGAGCGGGGGACAGGGAGACGUAGCGACGGCCACAGAGGAGCCCCAGGGCUCGCUGUUCAGGAGUGGCCGGAUGGAUCCACAUACGAGGGAGGAUUUGUGAACGGAUACAAACACGGCAAAGGGAGGUACACCUGGAGCAAUGGAGAGUUCUAUGAGGGCUCUUUCUACAAAGACUACACUGGACUCUACUGCUGGCCCACAGGACACACGUUCACUGGCAAGUUCUAUCUCAACAGAAAGGAAGGAUAUGGACAACAACUGUUGCCUGACGGAGCCACCUUUCAGGGUUUGUACCACACUGACCAGAGGUUCGGGCCAGGUGUGGUUGGUCAUCCAGAUGGGCGUGAGGAUGUGGGUCUGUGGCAUGGAGAGCGCCUGCUAAGGCUCUGUACCUCUCUAGAAGAGGGCUUUAGCCUGAAGAACUUUCCUGAAUAUGCUGCCUACAUGGACCCAGCUGUCAUCAUAAUGUCCAUGACUCAGCCUCUCACUAGUGUUCUUCAGCCAGAAGCCAGAGCAUACUCUGAGGUGGAUACGGACAGAGAUCUGCUGUCAGAUGAUUUUAUCCUCCCCCCCGGUAUGGAGAGUUACUCAACAGAUGGUGAUCACUUGCCGCUGCCCCCUGGCCGAAGGAAAGAGCUUGAUCAGCACUUCGAUGGCGAGCUGUGGGAGCCAGAUGCUUAUUCAUAUCAAGGCUAUAAGCGAGACCCACUCGCCGCCCUGCCCUUACAGUCCUACAUGCUGGCUCACAUGCACAAACACAGACUACAGGCUGGAAUUGUGGGCUGGGACGUGGCAGCUGUUCUCGCUCUGAACAGGGACAGUUUUGGGCCUAAAGGGCCUUUGGAAGUCAGUUCAGAGUUGUUGAUCCAGCACGCCUGCAGAGGGGAACUGCAGACAGUGUCACAGAUCCUCCAGACCGGUUUGGUCCACUCUGAUGUCACCGAUUCACAGGGACACAGUGCACUGAUCGCUGCCACAGUAAACUGCCAUAAUGAUGUUAUCCAACUUUUGUUGGAUAUGGGUGCCGAUGUUGACAAGUUGAAUUGUGAAGGCAUGUCUGCCCUGGUUGUGUGUCAUGUCCUCUACUACCCUUUUCAGUCUCUGCACACCACCUUGGCUGAGACACCCUCCACAACUCAAGGUUUCAGGUCCCCAUCUGCAUGUGGGAUCAGUCCCCAGAUCAGCCAAGUGGACUUCACCACAGACACACCCAGGACAGCAGAAAAACAAACGGAGCACAUCUCACAUCACAGCAGUAAAGUGUUUAAUGACAGUGAGCUCAUCGCUGAGCGUUGGGCUGGCAACAAUGAACCUGAGACCCCUGCAGAUGCCAGAGACCCACAGGAGGAGGAGGAGGAAAACGAGAACGUGAGAGAAGAGGAGGAAAGAGGCUACAAGGAGACAGCAAGGGAGGGAAAGGUAGGAGAGAAAGAAGAGGGGAGCAGAGCGGUGAAUGAGAAUGAGAGCAAAGGGGAGGAAAGUGAGAUAGAGAGCAGAUGUGAUCAAACAUGGGAAAAUGUAGAAAGUCAGGUGAAAGAGAUGGAAAUAGAAUUUAAUAUGGGAGAGGAAGUUGUGUCUGGUGGUAGAAGAGACACAGGGUCACGAAAAGAGAAUAUCGAGGUGAGGGAGGAGGCAGAGGAGAGAGUGCGGAAUAAUCAUGAGGAGGAUGUAAAGGAGAAAGGAGAGAGAGGUGUGGAGCGCCUCAUUCAGGUGUUGGAUGGUCACAUUGCACUGGGUGGCGUACAGUGGAAGAAAUGUUGUGCUGACGCAGCAGGACGAGUUCAGCGGGGCAAAGACAAAGAACUGACCCCAAAAUCGACCUUUGAGUCUGCCUGCUCCGUCAGCAGCUAUAACAUCCAGGUCACAGAAGAACUGAUGCAGCACUCGGCAGAGGCGCUGAGUCGCACAGGAUUCCCUCAGCGCUCAGAAACACAGGAGACCGUACGCAAAAUGGCUGCCAUGAAAAUCGAACACCGUGUCCAUUGGACCACCUUGAAACUAUUGCUGGAACGAGGAGCUGACCCCAACGCAUCCAGGGUCCCCAUGCCUGUACUCUUUUUAGCCAUUAUGGCGGCUGACACUGAGGCCGUCAGGAGGCUGCUACUGUGUGGAGCUCGCACUGACAUUCCCCUUCCUCCUGAGAGAAAAGGCCUUCAUCCCCUGCAUGUAGCUGCAGCACUGCCAGGUCCAGCGGGUCCCAGGAUCACAGAGUUAUUGCUCCACGCUGUCACCGACCCAGACGCACAAGCAUGCGACCAGAAUGACAUCUGUGAACGAGAUACGUUCGUCAUGAAGGCCCAGGAAUCGGUCAGCACCAGUAAGAACCCACAGCUCAAAGGAGGCCGGACCGCGCUGCACAUGGCCUGCCAGAGAGACAGUGACUAUAAGAAUGCCAGCAAGGUGGUAGCCCUCCUGCUCUCCCACAGAGCCAGCACAGACCUCCUGUGGAGUGGGCACUCACCUCUGUCCCUGGCUAUAGCAAGUGGCAACAACCUGGCAGUGGAGGAGCUGUUGAACGGAGGCGCAGAUCCCAACAUCCCCCUGGGCCGCGGGGUGGGCAGCGCCCUCUGUGCCCUUGCCAACAUCAACCACCACUUAGGUGGUAACAGAGCUAAGCUGUUGGACACGUUAGCUAAGGCUGGUGCUGACAUCUUGAUGCCGGUUAUGGUGGGGGAUGUUGUGGGAACUGCAGUCGACUAUGCACACUACUCCUUUAACCAGGACACGCAUAUUGCCAAAACUCCCUUCCACGUUCUGAACAUGCGAGAGAGGGAAACAUACACAGCACGGCGCGAGCUGCUGAGCUUGAUGGGAGAUCUGCUGAGACAGAUUGCUGGCCAGAGAGAAAAAGAACAUUUAUUGAGAGAGCAACGCCUUACGUUGAAUAGGGCAGAUGCCAUUUCUUCAAACAUGCUCCUUCCCAGCUGUGAAAGUCUGUCACCCAUAACAGAAAAGCAGAGGAAACCAGUGAUUAAGUUCUGCUAUCAAUGCGGUCGCUCGGUGUCCGUGAAGCUGACUGCAUGUAGCCGCUGCCGCAAGGUCUUCUACUGUUCAAAGACCUGCCAACUGAAAGCUUGGGAUGAAAGACACAAGGGAGACUGUAUCCGGGUGACAGCAUCCGCUGAUGGACUCCAGAAGAGUGUUGCGUUUCAAUCAACAAGAGGCCCCGGGCCCUUGACUGUCAGGUGGAAAUCCCAAACAGACCACAGGCCCUUGAGUGUCAAGUUGAAAUCCCACAGACCUCUCAAGCCCAUGGGCGUGGCAGAGGAGGUCUUGGAGAGCCAAGUCAACCUGAACGAAAACUACAGCUGCAACUGAUCGAUACAAACAUUUAUUUCACAUACUUAAUUACAGCGGAAGUACAACUCUCACAACCUAACAGUACAUCAUUUCUUUAUCUGAUUCUUUAAGUCGUAAAUGUAUAUAUUUGGCUGAAUGGUAAUGACAAUAUUUUGUGCCAUAAUCAUUUCUCUUUGGUAUAUUUAUACCUUUGAGUUCUCAAUCUGUUGUAGUAUUACAAUAUAGCGUAACAAUUGAUGUCCCUAUUUGUGCUAAAGCCACAAAAACAUUGAAUGUCUGGGUAUACAUAUUUAUGAAAUUAAUCAUCUGCUGGUAAUUAAAUUGUGUGUUUGUGUGCUGAUACAACAAUAUGCAAGUAACAUUUUACUUUCUUAGCUGGUCAAGGUAGAGUGAGUUUUAACUCGUUAUACCUCAGUCUGAUAUUUAAAUGAAACCGUCUGAGCAUUUUAGAGGGGAAAUGGUAAUAAUAAAUGUAUUGUGCUUUAAAGGGUUAUCUUAGUUUUUGUUUUACUAAAAUCUGAAUCAGAAAAGUAACUAAUAAGUACAACUGUCAAAUACAUAUAGUGGAGUAAAAGGUACAAUAGUGUCCUCUGUAAUAAAGUAAAAAAUAGUAUACAAUGUUAUUACUUGGAAUGUACUUGGAAUAUUCCUCUAAUCUAUCCUGUACUUUGUACACCAAUGUCAAUACAGUUCUUGGAUAUCUGUAAAAUGUAUU